AUGUCUCAAACAGUGUCAGCCAUUGUUGAUGCGAUCAGUGCCUGGCCUUCAUUGGACAUUGGCAAGAUACAUAAAGUAACUUGGCAUCCCAGGGCAUUCAAUGAUUUGUUCAUCGCCGGGGCCGAGUCAAAACAAUGUGCCAUCACGCUCUUCAAAGAGGACAUUGUUCCCAUUAUUGACGAAAUUGAACAUCAUCGGACUGGUCGAAUCUCUGACAACUUCACAUUAGUGGUUCGUCAGUAUCAAAAAUCUAAACGAACCGCACUCUCCCAAAUUUCCAAAAAUGUUUUUCAGGAAGAUGUGGUCGACGACGGGAGUCUUCUUUCGUUUGUCAAAGGUCUCGACAAGAAGCCUCGUUCUCGGAAGCCCACAAUUAUCAAACCUGAAAAGAACAUGAUGCGUUCGGUUCUCGACGAGGCUGGUGAACGGAGUCUGGUGCUUCCAGUCUCUAUUCCCAACGAUGCGUCUACUGGAAUUGGCGAACGGGCAAAGAAAUCAAUCCACGCAUACUCUCGUUCAUAUUUCACAACUCCCAAGGACGAUUAA